CAAACCGGAAGUGAGUGUCAAGCAAGAUGGUGGCCACACGGAGGGGAGUACGCGUGAGUUCUCCGACUACAACAAACGUCGAACAGCCCUCCGAUGCCAAGGCCACUCCAGCCACAGGAAGAACCAGGAGUGCGGCUUCGCGGUCGGACAGCCCGACUGUGAAUGUCCUGGUGGAGAACAGCGGCCAGCUACAAGAAACAGACGUGGCAACGUCUUUGUGGACGUCCACAUUGAAAAGAUGCACCAGAGCUUCCAGACUCCACAGCCCAGAGCAGCCUUGCACCCCUGUGGGCUCCAUCCACGAAGCAGACGUGUCCGACCUGGAGUCCUGCUGCUCCGACAUGGAAGCACGUGUGAGAUGCAGCAGCAGGAGGAGACCUCCCAGCAAAGCAAAUCAAGAACAGGAGACAUCGGAGUCCUGCUCGUCUCCUGUACAGGAAAAUGUUAGAAGCACACGGAAGACGGCUGCAGCUUCAGUGGAGGCGGCAGACAAAAAGGUAGACUCCAGUAGCUCCAUAGUGUCUGAUGGUGAAGCACCAAUGAAGCGGAGCAGAAGAAGCAGGAGAGUCAAUCAAGCAGAAGAAGAGGCGUCGGAGGCGGAAUCCUGCGCUUCUUCCGUAUCGGCCACGAGAACUCGCCGGAGCACGAGGAGAAGACCCAUUCCUGACCCACAGCAGGAAGGUGAGGCUAAAGACAACAAGGUGGACUUGGUACCUGAGACGGCGGAGUCCUACCAGAGUCGGAGAAAAAGCGUUUGUACCAGACGGUCCGCCAAGGGACAACAAGAGGACUCUGAGCUAUCCGAUGCUGAGAGCAACGCUUCUAGCGUCUUGGACGCUUCUCGCUCUGCAGUCCGUAGAAGUACCAGAAUCAGGAAGCCAAUAUGCCCCAUUCCCAUGAACCUGGAUGAGGUCUCUGUGAGCUCUCCCACUCUGAGAAGGACAAGAAGAAGAAAGACCACAGCGGCUGAGAAGUCAUGUGACUCUGAGAGCUUUGAUUCUGGCCCGGACUACAGCGUGUCCACAUGGGCCAAGACCCGAUCCUCCAGGUCUAAGACUACCGAGUCAGACUCCGACCUAACUGAGGGAAGCGGGACUCCCUGCAGCAGCCGCACCGGAUCGGGGAGCAGCCUGCGGCGUGCUCCGGCCUCUGUGAUGAAGGACCUCGUCGUGGUUCUGGAGAACACUGUGGAGGAAUGCAUGAUGGACAACUCUGUGCUGGAGAGCACUGUGGUCGCUGAAGAUGCAGAUGGAACGCUGCUUGACAAAGACGCAACUGAAGCUUUGGAAGAACAAGACAAGAAAGUCAGUGAGGACUUAAGUGAAGCUGCACAAGUGGAAGACCCACUUGAAGAUGAAAAAAAGAAAGCUACACGAAGGGGAGACGCCAUGCUUGUAGAGAGUUCUAAAGAUGUGGAAGAGGUUCUUGUAAGAGACUCUGUCAGUGCGGCUGCGGUGGUGCUCACAAGCAAGCGGGGCGAACCAUCUGCUGAAGAAAACCAGGAUGAAAAUACCUCGCCGGUCGAAGUGAUGGAGGAAAGGGAGCCUUCUUCCACAGAAAUGAAGCGUGAAGAUGCCCCCAACGACGGCGCUUUCCUUGCAGAAGAGCACUCUGUCAGUGAGGCUGCAGUGGCGUCCACAGACCAGCAGGGCGAGCUGUCUGCUGAAGAGACGAAGGAAGGAGACACCUCGGCAGUGGAAGGGAUGGAGGAAACUGAGCCUUCUUCCACACAGACAAGGUGUGAAGAUGUCCCUGGAAAGAAAGCAGAGAAGGAUGAGAUCAUUAACAUACAGACUGAAACAUCAUGUGAUGUUUCAGCAAACCAUGAGAUGGAGGACAUGGACAUGGACAGGCCGGUGAUCCAAGCCGCCGAGGCGACACCUAAAGCUCCACCGAAACGCAAAAAAGCUGCCCAUAAAACAUUCAGCCUCACGGUCAGCAGUGAUGAUGAUGAUGAUGAAGUGGAGGAGGAGGAUGACGACGACUUCUCCGAGGAAGAGCAGGAUGGAGGGGAAAGACGAAGUCUCUCCAGGAAGCCCAAGGACACAGUGGCAUCUGUGGAAGGCUUGUUCAUGGUGGACACGCGGGCUGGAGAGGAGGUGGACGAGGACUACUUGUUGGAGCGACUCACGAAGGAGGAAUUGGUCGGCGGGAAGGAUGACGAAGAGGAGGAGUUUGUGGAUGAGGAGGGCGAUGACAACGGAGAAGCAGAUCUGAACUUGUCAAGCAAGAAUCGCUGGUUGAAAAAGAUGUCCAGCUGCAUUGACCCAGGCAUCAAUAUGAAGCAGCUCGGGGGUUUGUACAUCACUUUUGAUGGCAGCAAAUCAAACUCUGGCCCCAGUACGUCGAAGAAGCAAAAGCAAAAGAAGGUCCAGGAUGAGGUGAUGAAGAAGAGCGUGAUGGGCCCAGACUUUGAGAAGAAGGACGCGGUGCCUCCAUACAGUGAAUCCAAACACGUCUUAAAACAAAAACACAGAGUGGAGCGUGAAAAGUCCACAGGGGACGGCUGGUUCAACAUGAAAGCUCCUGAGCUCACCAAGGAGCUGCAAGGAGACCUUCAACUCCUGAAGAUGAGAGGAUCCCUGGAUCCAAAGAGGUUCUAUAAGAAGAAUGACCGAGAUGGGUUCCCCAAGUACUUUCAGGUGGGCACUGUGGUGGACAACCCGGUGGACUUCUAUCAUUCCCGCUUACCCAAGAAGCAGAGGAAGAGGACCAUGGUGGAGGAGCUGCUGGCUGAUGCGGAGUUCAGACACAAAAACAAGAAGAAGUACCAGGACAUCAUGGCCGAGAAAGCAGCCCAGGCAGCGGGAAAGCACAAGUACAAGAAGAACCAAUUCCAUAAGAAAUCGAAAGUCCCAAAGUGAGACUGCGUGGAGGUGUCAGUUAUGCCAUGGGCAAUGUUGGCUAUUAGUCGUAAGCUAUUUUAUUUUCCAUGUAUUUAAAGCCUGUCGCCCGAAGUCAGCUGGGAUAGGCUCCUGCGUACCCCCGCGACGCAAAUGUGGAGAAAAUGGAUGGAUGAGAUUUAAAGCUGCACAGAAAUCAUUCACACGCAUUCAAAUACAAAUGAAACAAAGCGUCACGUUUUCUUGUACAUGAACAUAAAUAUGUGAACACUUUGUUUAAAGACAAUACUUUGUGUUUUGUUUUAUAUUUGGACACGGCUGAGCAUUAAGGGGCAUUCAUUGUCAAUCAUGUUGACACGCUGGUCUACUUUUCAAAGCAAAACAUGUCUCAGACUUGACAGCAAGGCAACCUUCAUUUUAAAGUAAAUGUACUUGAGUAGUCCUGCUUCCUGACGUUAAAGGGUGCAUUUCUUGGCAGAUGUUCUGUGCUUUUAUUUUUCUCUACAACACUGUCAAUAUGUGACAUACAUUUCAUGUAAAGGCAUCUUUUGGGCACUGAAAACUACAAACUUCAAUACAAUCCAUGGCAAUUAUUUUGUGAUAUUUCAAUAAAAACAUAUAUACUAUAUUGUAUAAAAAUAAUAAACAGACAGUUGAAGAUAAUCCAAAUAUGUAAUACUAUCUUCACAAGUGAGAUGGGUGGGGCCCAUUUUGCAAUGAAUAAUUUUUUUCACAUUCAUGAAAGCAAAGUAGAAGCUCACGGCUAAAUAAUUGAAGCGAUUAAAAUGUGCAGUAGCAUGAAUUGUCUUUUGAUUCCAUUGUGAAAUCUAAUCUCAUACAUGAAACCUAUUUAACCAACUUACUGUAUUUCAUGACCCAUUUCUACAUUUCACAACCUUUGGAUUAUUUAAUGAGUGUUUGAUUCCAUUAAAAUACCUUCUGAGCAAGUAGCCUUGAUUUAAAGACCUUUUUAGGCACUAGAUAUUUCAACCUGUGACAAGUGUUUUUACUUUUGUGAUAUUUAAAAAGAAACACUUUGGCACAAUAAGGUACACAAAAUUACAGUAGUUAAUGGGGAACAAACCUACCUAACCCUAACUACUACUCAUUAGUUACUCAUUAGUUCCUCAGUAACUACCCUAAAUUAA